AUGAGCUUUGGCUUUGGCUUAGGCAUAGGCUUGGACUUUGGCUUUGGCUUAGGCAUAGGCUUGGGCUUNCUUAGGCAUAGGCUUGGGCUUGAGCAGCAGCUUCAACAUGAGGCUUUCGAAUUCGGCCAAGUGUUUCGAUUUGGCUUAUAUGUCUGGUUUCUGGUUUCGAUUCGGGCCUUUGGAUUCGGCUUAGGCUAUUCGGCUGCUGAUAAAGCGCUCCUUUUCGCUCAUUUUUUAAAAAUUUUUUAUUUCGGCUACCGCGAAGUGGAACUGAUACUUGGUUCACUUAGACCUGAAAUUGAUUUGGGUAUCAUGAGCGAUCAGAGUCCAUUGCCCUUCCCCAUUCAUACAUGGUACCAUAAUUUCAGGUAUCCAGCUUACACACUAGCAGCAGAUUCCUUCUGUGACGCUUUCCGAGAUGAGGUGAUGAUGAGUGUGGUGCGCGCCGGUUCUAUGCGUUCCGAACGCUUCUAUUCGAUGGGCUCCCGAGUGGGCGGCGGCGGCGGCGGCGGCCGCCAACUUCGAACCACGCCCCCAGCUGCACUUAUUGCUCCGCCUCCUGCCCAGUUGAGCAGGCGCACGCCGCGCUCUGCACUCAAGGCCACGCCCAGUGGAGCGCAGCAAGCACCGCCC